GUGGUGAACAUCUCGAGCGUGACCGGGUGCAUCGGACGCGGCAACAUGUCCCCCUACACGCUCACCAAGUAUGCUGUGGAGGGGCUGAGUGACUGCCUGAGGGAAGAGAUGCGGGCGUGGGGCGUGGGUGUCAGCUUAGUGCAACCGGGGAACUACUCUGCAGGAACCGAGAUCACGACGCCUGGCAGUGUGGCGCGUCAAGGAGCCCAGAUGUGGGAGACAAUGGACGAGGUCGUGAAGGCGGACUACGGCGAGGACUUCUUUAAUCUCGUCAUCGAGUUGUCGAAGAAAGCUAGUUCGAGCGGGUUCCAGGACCUGACACCCAUCCUCCAAGCCGUGACCCUCGCCCUGACGCAGCAGUUCCCAAGGGCGAGGUACAGGGCCGUCGACUGUUACUACUUGGUCAAGGUCCUGUGUGCUGUUCACCUUCCGGAGUGGCUCUUCGGCCUGGUGUACCAGGGGCGGCCUCCCUCCCUGCGCUGUCGAGGGCGGCUGCUUCAGGUCCAGCCGGAGUAAUCCAUGGUGAAAACUCACAUUUAUUUAUUUAUUGUGUUAGUUCGGUAUGUCUUGGCUGGCGGGCGAGACGGAAGGAUCCUUUAGCGAAGGCGGAAAUUGAUUCAAUUGUUUAUUUAUCAUUAUCAUUCUUGUAUAUUGGUGGUGGUCUGUUUUUUUUUUAUUAUAAUCAUCAAUAUUUCUUAACUAGGGUGAUGACUGAGUGAAAUAUUUUUGGUCCUUAUAUUUACUCAGCUUAAGUUGAUAGUUUUAACUCUUCAUAUAUUUUAAUUUCAGUCAAUUCUAUAGGGGUUGGUAAUCUUUUAUUCUAUUUACUUAUUCGUCUGUUCUCCUUUUUUCUCCGCUUCCCUGCUAUUAGUCGGAGGUUAAGAAGAAAGCGGAGUGCUUAAAGUUCUUUUAAAUGGUUGGGCAUUAUUUUGUGAAAUGGCUGGUGGUAUUUUAAAACUUUUGAGAAUUAUUUUUUCCAUUUAUUUUUUCAGCCGCUGAUUGAGAGCAACGUGGAAGGGAUAUAAUCCAACCGUUUCAUUUUCCGUCGUUAAUAUGUACAAUAUUUUCGUAUUUGAUUAUUCAUUAUGCUAUGCGAUCGGCUAUAUAUUUAAACUGUUCACUCUUAGAUUUAUUCAAGGUUGAAGAUUUUAUCUCAGUAGAUUUUAUUAGUUCGUUAGAUUGUUAUCUUCGCGGUAUUGCCCCUGUGUGAUUUUUACUAUCUGUGUAUCCCAGGAGAUUGAGUUGGCAUAACAACUUUCCUGCUUUGAAAUGUGAGUAUAUCUUACACACACACACACACACACACACACACAAAGAGAGAGAGAGAGAGAGAGAGAGAGAGAGAGAGAGAGAGAGAGAGAGAGAGAGAGAGAGAGAGAGAGAGAGAGAGGCUAACCCGAAAAUCAUUUAGAUUUUUGUCUACGUAAACACACUAAUUCACUAAUCUAUUAAAAAAAAAAAAUCGAUAAAACUUUUGUAAGUUCUUAUCAGUAGCAAAACCCAGUCGCAAUAUACCAUCGUCCAUAUUUUUCUGGACUCGGAAAGACUUGUCCCUGAAUUCACGCGCUACAAUUAGAUACUGUGAUUGAUUAAUUGAUUAAAAUCAUCUGCCGCGUCUACAGCUAAGGUCAUUAACGGCGCAUACAUUACGGGACUAAAAUGUUAAAAUGCUUAAAACUUUAAAAAUAUAUAAAUGAAUUUACUCGUCCUUGAAUGCACGCACUACCUCCGAAUGCUCCUAAAAACGUGCGAUUAGAUACUGCGACGCAAGAAAGCCAGAAAACAUCUGCUACACCGCUGCGCUCAGUAGCUUCUCUCCCAUAUUGCUUCUUAUCUACUUUAUAGUCCAAGCUAAAACCAAAGUUCAUAGUGUGAAUUCUACCUUUCAAUUUUUAUCUUUCCUGAAAUAGGGGAAGAUAUCGGAUGUUAAAAGAAAAGAAAGAAAGCAAAAUAAAAGAAAAAAUAUAUAUAACCUUUGUUAUACAAAGCUGGAUGGCAAAAAACGGGCUGUUGAAGACGUCUGUGACAUGAGAGAGCGAAAUCACAUACACGUCAUGAACGGGUAAAUAAGACGAAUCGCAUGUGGAAUAUGCGAUACGAGUCUUUAGGAUUUGAUACGGUAAAAGGAACAUACAAUAAGUCGUGAUGGUUUUACAGUACAAAAAAUAGAAUAAAAAAAUCAAGCGUUGAGGAUUAGUAAAAGUUAAAGGCUAGGCUUGUCUCACCGAAUGCAACUAGUCAGAGGACGACGCGAGUUGAUAGUUGAUGAAGUAGGAGGAAAAAGGUCUGUUAGAAGAUAUUAGUUUCGAAAUCCACCAGCAUUUCAUGUUUAGGGGCCUCGUAUAGCGGUAUUUUUUGCCGAAACAAUAUGUUGCACACGAGAGAACACCCUUUUUCGAUGUGACUUAGUUUUGAGUACAACCUUGUGGUAUAUUAAUUCUUUGAUCCUCUUAUAUAAAUGCAUAUUAUUUCAACUUGUCUUUAUGUUUGUAGAAAUAUGAUUUAGGUUCUUGGGUAUGUAAUCCAAGGUGUAGUCACUCUGAAAACGCAGGUCGACUGAUCGGAGCUUCGAGAAGGUCACCCAUGUUCUUCCAAAAUAAUAUUCAAAUCACGACUUGUCAUCGUUUUGGGAAUAGCAAUGCUCUUUAUAAUGUUAGGAAGCUUGCAUAUCCAUUCUGAUUUUAUGUCAACACGUCGCAAUAAACCUUUUUAGGGUGACUAUACUUAGGGUGUUAUUUAUACUGCUUAUUCACGGUUAGGGGCGUAGCUAGGGGAGGCCACUUGGGACCCCCUUGCAAUUCACAAGAUUUUUAAAGAAUCGUUAUUUAUUGUAAAGUAAUUAAUCCUUGACGAAACUUUAUUUAUUGUAGGAUAUAUCCAGUAUACACAUUUCAAUUCUCUCCGAUUGUCUCCAAAAGUGAUCAAUUUCCAACGAGCCAUCGCCUAACCCAUUCCCUUCCACAAUGCCGUCCCUUACUAAAGUCCUGGCUGCGCCCCUGUUCACGGUUGUUUUAUCAAUUAUUACCUUCAUUCACCAUGAAUCUAAUCAAGAGGAUUCACAAUGAUACGUGUAAAAAGGUACAAUAAGGAUGAAUAACUCCAUAAUGUAAUAAAAGAUUUCUCGCAUUGUCGUCCACAAUUUUGAUAAAGAGUAAAGUAUCAAUACCUUGAUAUUUUGUAUCUUGGAAUUAUUCACUCUCAUCCCUACCUUUUCUACGGAACGGACAUAAUUCCCAAGCUACAAUAGAGCUCAGAGCUGUGAUUUUUACUAGUGGUUGUGUUGUGUGUAAACGUUCCUGAUUGCUAACUACUGUGUGUAUAUGUGGAUACUUAUCAAGUCCUGUAUUUUCUUAUAUUAAAGAGACCUGAUUCA